UUUGGGCUCCUCUCUUCCUCUCGAAAAACAAUGGCUUCAUUUCAUUCUCUUUGCUUUGUGAUACUCUUAUUGAUGAUAAAUAGUCGUAUUACUUAUAUUUCUGCUCAGCUUGCUCCAGUGAGCGUUGCUCCUAGUGACGGUCUUCUACCAAAUGGGAAUUUUGAUGAAGCACCAAACCCAUCAAAUCUCAAAAAAACAACAAUAGUAGGAAAAUACUCCCUCCCCAAAUGGGUGAAGAAGGGUGAAGUACGAUACGUAUCAGGUGGACCUAAACGAGUCGGGUUUACAUUCGACGUUCCACAGGGCGUGCGCGCGGUGAGCAUAGGGAGCGAGGCAUACAUACUACAAUACCUUAGAGUGAAGCCAUGGGCAUACUACUCUGUUAGUUUUAGUGCAACAAGGACUUGUCCACUAGAUAUGUAUCUUAGGGUAACAACUUCUUAUAGUGAUACAGCAGAUUUUGCAUUUCCUAAUAAAGCAUUAUAUUCAAGGAAAGAAGCAGACACUUUUGCUUGGGGAUUUCGGGCCUUUUCUAGUAAUACUGCUUUCAUUAUGUUUUCUAACCCAACUGGUCACCCAAAGUACUACGCUUGUGGACCACUUAUACAAGCUGUUGCGGUUAAGGAAUUAUUGCCAUCACCUCAAACAUCAGGCAACCUCAUACAAAAUGGAAACUUCGAAAUUGGUCCUCAUAUUUUACAGAAUUUCACAACAGGGGUCUACAUUCAUCCAUACUCUUUGAACCCUAUUUCUCCACUCCCAGGUUGGAGGAUCGAAUCCCGGUAUACCAUUAGGUAUAUCGGCUCAAAAGACUUUUUUAUACCAUCAGGAGCUUCUGCUGUUGAACUCUUAGUCGGAGGAAAAGAAAAUGCCAUAUCUCAAGACAUAGAUACAACACCAAACAACUUUUAUAACCUUACCUUCACUAUUGGUGAUGCCAAAAAUGGUUGCAUUGGUUCUAUGGCGGUCGAAGCAGCAGCCGAUAAAGAAACCAUCAAAGCUCAGUAUGAGUCUCAAGGCAAAGGUGGUGUUGCUUAUGCAAAUUUUAGGUUCAAAGCUGUCUCAUUUAGAACUAAGAUAGCAUUUUGGAGUGUGUUUUAUCAUACUACUAUUGAUGAUACCAACCGUUUCUGUGGUCCUGUCUUGGAUGAUGUUAAGGUUGUACCUGCUCUGUAAUUGCAAGAGAUCGUAAAAUUGAAUCCUGGUAUCGGAAAUUAAUAGUCACAUAUACAAGUAUGAUAGCGAUCAUACUUAAAUUAAGUGAUAGGAGAGUGUGCUCAUCUAAAUUAUUAGAGUAUAUAAUCAGUCCUCAAUCUUUAAAAUAUUGUUAAUUUCUUAAUUAUGUAACAUUAAGUCUGUUUGAAUAAACCACUAUAUGUUUGCUUACAAAAGUGAUUAUUAUGAUUUUGU